AUGGACCGCACACCAGCUGCACAGACAGCACAGCUACCAGCGACUCAGAUGCACCCGCACCCCCCGCACAAUGAGCACGCCGCCGCUCACCCUCAACUCGACUCGAUGGUCGACCGCGCUGCUCACCCGCCUCAACACACCCCCCCGCUGCAGCUCAAGCGACUCAAGCUGCUCGACCAGCUCCUUGCCCUCUGGAUCCUCCUCGCCAUGGCACUCGGCAUCAUCCUCGGCGCACUCGUGCCCAGCACCUCCGAGGUCCUCGAGAAGGUCAAGUUCGUCGAUGUGUCCCUCCCCAUCGCCAUCGCCUUGAUGGUCAUGAUGUGGCCCAUCCUGUGCCGCGUCUCGCCAGGCUCGCUCAUCCCGCUCUUCCGCCACCGACAGCUCUGGCAACACCUCGCCUUCUCCGUCGUCGUCAACUGGAUCGUCUCGCCCCUCCUCAUGCUGGGACUCGCUUGGGCCUUCCUGCCCGACAAGGAGGACCUCAGGGAGGGGUUGAUCGUCGUGGGCGUCGCGAGGUGUAUCGCCAUGGUCCUCGUAUGGACCGACAUCGCCGGCGGAGACCUUGACUACUGCGCGAUCCUCGUCGCCUUCAACUCGAUCCUCCAGAUGGUCCUCUUCUCGCCCGUCUCGAUCCUCUUCCUCCGCGUCUUCCGAACCCAACCGCUCGGCGAUGUCGAAGCAGCAAGCGUGUCCUACUCGACUGUCGCAAAGAGUGUCGCCGUCUUCCUCGGCAUCCCUCUCGCCGCCGCCGUCCUCACGCGCUCCUUCUUCUUCGCGA